AUGAGUGGCAACUUGGAUCGUGCCAUUGAUCUUGUUCAACGCGCAAUUGAAGAAGAUACCAAGCAGAGCUAUGCGGAAGCAUACAGACAAUACCAGAAUGCCCUAGACUAUUUCAUGCUUGCCCUCAAGUAUGAGAAGAAUGAGAAGUCGAAGCAGCUUAUCCGCUCGAAAGUAGUCGAAUAUCUCGCGCGGGCGGAGACCUUGAAAGACCAUCUAACGCAGUCGCAAGAGAAGGCAGCAAAGAAGGCCAUUGGCGUCAAUGGCUCGAGUGGUGGGAUAGGUCCUGGAGGCAAGAAGAAAGACGGUGACGACGAUGAGGUGAAGAAGCUACGAGCCGGCCUGGCGGGCGCGAUAAUCACGGAGAAACCGAACGUUAAGUGGGAGGACGUUGCUGGUCUUGAAGCAGCGAAGGAAUCGUUGAAGGAAGCCGUAAUUCUCCCCAUCAAGUUUCCGCAUUUGUUUACAGGGAAGCGGACACCGUGGAGAGGUAUUCUACUCUAUGGUCCUCCGGGAACCGGAAAGUCCUACCUUGCUAAGGCUGUUGCGACCGAGGCCCAGGGUACGUUCUUUAGCGUCAGCUCCAGCGACCUUGUUAGCAAGUGGCAAGGUGAUUCUGAAAGACUAGUGAAGCAGCUAUUCGAGAUGGCGCGCGAAAACAAGCCUGCUAUCAUCUUCAUCGAUGAGGUGGAUUCACUCGCGGGUUCUCGCAACGAGCAGGAGUCGGAAGGAUCGCGGCGAAUCAAGACAGAAUUCCUCGUGCAAAUGAACGGUGUCGGUCACGACGAUACUGGCGUCCUUGUCCUUGGUGCUACAAACAUUCCAUGGCAACUAGACAAUGCAAUCAAGCGGAGAUUUGAGAAGCGAAUAUACAUUCCUCUACCAGGAACUGAAGCACGAAGGCGAAUGUUCCAGUUGCAUGUUGGCGAUACCCCUUGUGAACUGACGGCAAAAGACUAUCAAAUGCUUGCAUCAAAGACAGACGGCUAUUCGGGAUCCGAUAUAUCCGUCGUCGUCCGUGAUGCCCUCAUGCAACCCGUUCGCAAAGUCCUAUCUGCUACACAUUUUAAGUCUGUGCCAUCUCCCACCAAUGCAACGGUUCUUAAAUGGACACCGUGUUCGCCCGGGGACCCUGAUGGCGUGGAGAAGUCGUGGUCAGAUGUGGAGAGUGAGGAGCUACUUGAGCCCCCACUGAGGGUGGGAGACUUUUUGAAGUCAUUGGAUAACGUUCGACCGACAGUUACUUCCGAGGACAUUAAGAGACACGAUCAAUGGACGUUAGAGUCAGGGAAUGAAGGCGCAUGA